UCUUCUCUCCUCUAAACCUUUGACUCUCCCCCCCAUUAAAUUAAAUUAAACAUUGUCUCUACGGUUUAUGCAACUGUAGUGCUAUUAAACAACCCUUCUUCCGUUCUAUCAUCCUUUACUCCUCAGAUCUCUCUGUUUUUUUCUUCUCUCUGUCUUGGGGGAUGAUUCUUGCAUCCUUCUCUUAUCAAUUCACAAACUUUUCAUUACCCUUUUGAUCUUUCUUUCUGUUUGCUUGUUUCCCCUUUUUAAAUCUCAUGGUCGAAUCUAUUCAAUACACUAGAGAGUAGUAAGGUUUAUCAGUUUUCAUCUGUUUAGAAAUCUGAAAGCUUUGGUUUUUGAUCCUUGAAGGUUGUCUUUAGCCAUAGAAAGUGUUUGACUUUUUCAUGACCUUAGUAAUGAGAUUAGAUUGUUUCAUCAGAUCUUGAUUCUGGAGAUUGAGAUUUAAGACAAAAGUGUUUUGUUUUGGAUGGGGAAUACUUGUGUUGGACCAAGCAGAAAUGGUUUCUUGCAAUCUGUUUCCGCUGCAAUGUGGCGGCCACGAGAUGCAGAUGAUUCUGUUUCUCUUAGCAAUGGUGAUACUGCAAGUGAAGCUGUUUCAGGAGAGCUUCGUUCUCCAUCUUCAUCUGAUCACCAAGUUCUGAAUAAACCUCCUGAACAGGUCACUAUGCCAAAGCCAGGUGAGACUACUAACCUCGAGACAAAGACCAAAUCCGAUGUAGUAGAAGUUCAGCCUGAUAGUCCAAAACCAGAGACCAUACCGGUGGAGACAAAAGCUGAUACUACUCCAGCUAAGCCUAAGAAGCCUAAACAGAUAAAGAGAGUGACCAGUGCAGGCCUCAGGACUGAGUCAGUGUUACAGAGGAAAACUGAAAACUUCAAGGAGUUCUAUUCAUUAGGAAGGAAGCUAGGACAAGGGCAAUUUGGGACGACUUUUCUAUGUGUGGAGAAGUCUACAGGGAAGGAGUUUGCCUGCAAGUCAAUUGCUAAGAGGAAGCUGUUAGCCGAUGAGGACGUGGAAGAUGUGAGAAGGGAGAUUCAGAUAAUGCAUCACUUGGCUGGUCACCCUAAUGUCAUUUCCAUCAAAGGAGCUUAUGAGGAUGUUGUGGCUGUGCAUCUUGUGAUGGAGUGUUGUGCAGGUGGAGAGCUUUUCGAUAGGAUUAUUCAACGUGGUCACUACACUGAGAGGAAAGCUGCUGAGUUGACUAGAACUAUAGUUGGAGUUGUGGAGGCUUGUCACUCUCUUGGUGUUAUGCAUAGAGAUCUCAAGCCUGAGAAUUUUCUGUUUGUUAGUAAACAUGAAGAUUCUCUAUUGAAGACUAUUGAUUUUGGACUCUCUAUGUUCUUUAAGCCAGACGAUGUUUUUACAGAUGUUGUUGGUAGUCCAUAUUAUGUAGCUCCUGAAGUUCUUAGAAAGCAGUAUGGUCCUGAAGCUGAUGUAUGGAGUGCUGGAGUGAUUGUCUACAUUUUGUUAAGUGGAGUUCCUCCUUUCUGGGCUGAGUCAGAACAAGGUAUUUUCGAGCAGGUUCUCCACGGUGAUCUUGACUUUUCAUCUGAUCCCUGGCCGAGCAUAUCUGAAAGUGCAAAAGACUUAGUGAGGAAAAUGCUUGUAAGGGAUCCCAAGAAAAGACUAACUGCACACCAAGUAUUAUGUCAUCCAUGGGUACAAGUGGACGGUGUGGCUCCUGACAAACCUCUGGAUUCUGCUGUUCUGAGCCGUAUGAAGCAAUUUUCAGCGAUGAACAAGUUCAAGAAGAUGGCUCUUAGAGUUAUUGCUGAGAGCUUAUCUGAAGAAGAAAUAGCAGGCUUGAAAGAAAUGUUUAAUAUGAUAGAUGCCGACCAAAGCGGUCAGAUAACUUUCGAAGAACUCAAGGCAGGACUAAAACGAGUAGGUGCUAAUCUCAAAGAGUCAGAGAUUCUCGACUUGAUGCAAGCUGCUGAUGUGGACAACAGUGGAACAAUAGAUUACAAAGAGUUCAUAGCAGCAACAUUGCAUCUAAACAAAAUAGAGAGAGAGGACCAUCUGUUUGCAGCCUUUACAUACUUUGACAAAGAUGGGAGUGGUUAUAUAACACCUGACGAGCUUCAACAAGCUUGUGAGGAGUUUGGUGUUGAAGAUGUCCGCAUAGAAGAAAUGAUGCGUGAUGUUGAUCAAGACAAUGUUAGCUCCUAUUAUAACUUUUCAUUUACUCAGGUUGAUGACUUUGGUUUGAAUGAUGGGAAUGUUGUAACAUUUUUGAAUUCUUGUGUUAUUGCAGGACGGGAGAAUAGACUAUAACGAGUUUGUGGCGAUGAUGCAAAAGGGAAGCAUCACAGGAGGUCCAGUGAAGAUGGGACUAGAGAAAAGCUUUAGUAUUGCUCUUAAACUCUAGUUUCUGUCUAUCUUAUAAAUUACAAAACCAAAGUCAAAGACAAAAGAGUAAUACAAAAUUUGAUUGUAUUGAAAACAAAGCCAAGAUUCUCUAGUGGAUUCGGUCUUGGUCUAAAUUUUCCAGAAACAUCUUAUUUUAUGGAAUUGAGGUAUAAUAUUGAAUUAAAUCUUCACCACAUGUUGGACAUUGAGCCUGAUUGUGGUUAUGAACGGUGGCAGACCAGAUCCAGGGAUAAGCACAGCUUUUAUGGAAUAUGUGUCCACAAUGCAAUGCAACGACUAGAGAAGUGUUGUGAUCUUGUUGGAAUGUGUGAGCUUGUUGACACAUGGUACAAGUAGUACAAGGUAUGCUAAGAUUAAUAGACUCACCUGGACGAUCCCAUCUACUAGCUUGCCACCCUCCUCCUGCUGUUUGAUCUCUCAUUGUAUAAACUAUGCCAAAGGCGUGGUCACCUUUGACCCCAAAAGGUGCUGAUGACUCUAGAGCAUUCAUAUCUUGAGCAUAGCCAGAGAAGACAUUAGCAACGUCUAACCAAUUCUCAUCAGUCAUGGAGUUAACCUCGUAGUUUAACCAGGGAGGUGGACAUUUAUAGAUAGCGUCUUGGAGUUGGGAGCUUGAGUUGAUAGCUUGUCGAGGUAAGUUGCUUUCGUGGAUGUAAGUCACCGCUGGUUUAACGACCUGGUCGACGAGGAUGUCAGGUCGUCCCCUUUGGACGUAAAGAGUUCUGGUGAACUCUCUGCCCUUAACUUUGAAGUAUGGUUCUGUCACCGCCUUAGUGCUGAUGAUUUUCUUUGGAUAAACCUCAACGAUCUUUGAUUUCUCACCCCUCUCCAUGUUUUCUUCUUUUUUUCCCUUAACCUAAAGCUAGUUUUCUUGAGACAGAGAGAUGUGUUUGAAGGAAUGAUUAUGUAUUCAAUAUAUAUAGUUGCUGCUUGUCUUUAAGAGCAUGAUUAUCCCUAAACCCUUUAUAGGGUCUCUUAAUUAUUUUUUAAUAGUUUUUGAAGUGUAAAAGUGAAUUAAGAGACUUAGAAAGAAAUUUGAACUUUU